GAAAGAUGAAAUUGACAAAGGAAGAGAGACACAGAGAGGUGGAGGUGCAGGGCAAAGGCAUCGAUGGCGAAGGAAACAGAGAGGUACUCCUGCUCCAAGCUUCUCAUUCCAAACGCUCACACUGCAAAAGAACAACCCAUUUUCGUGAAGGCCACGUGGUUUCGCACCCACUUCCACCUUGCCGUCACCGAUGGCCUCACCGCCUGGCAUUGCCACCCAUCGGAGGAGGAGGUGAAGCAGCGCGCUGCUCAGUGGGACCUCGCAGUUUCAGAAUACCUGGAGUUGUCUGAGCGCUAUUUGGGGCUUCAACAACCGGGCUCUGUCUAUGCCUUUGACGAUGCUGGUGAUGGCCAUAAGAGGUUGUCGUGGACGUUUGAAAAGGAAGGAAUAACUAUGCUCUGGAGAUGGAAAUGCUUGCUGUCUCCUGAUUCUAAGAAAAGUAAUGUAGAAAUAUUGGACUUUCUCAUGGGCUCGAACUUAAACAUAAGUGGCAAAGUUGGCGGAGAAAAUGAAUUGUUUGACAAGAUGAAAGUGGAAGCUGAGAAAUGCUUAGCCCAGAGUGAGAGAAUUGCCAAUGAGAGGCUUGAAUUUGAAUCUGAAAUCUAUUCAAAGUUUCUGAGGGUUUUAAAUUCUAAGAAAUCAAAACUGAGAGAGCUUCGGGAUAAGCUGUCAAAACAAGAGAAUACUGAGAAAUAUCCUCAAGAGGAAGACACAGACAAAACUGAGAGUUUUGGUGAAGAAAGUGAUUUUGACAGAAGUGAUGAAGAUCCUCAAAAGGACAUUACUAGUUCUUCAUCGGUUGUCGUGGCAAAUAAGCCUUCUCGUACAAAAAGAACUAAACGGACAUGACAUCUGCAGCAAGCAAGAGUUUAUUUCCAUCUGGAAAUUGACAUUUUUACAGAAAUUAGUUAACUAAAGAUAAGCACGAUGUGCUCCUUGUUAUCCAAUAUAAUAUGCCUCGAAAUCCAUGCAGAACACUGUAAACCUUUGUUUUGUCAAGUGUACAGGUUUGUGUACUUCUCAGGUUCUAUGUUCAAUGUCAAAGAUUACACCGGCUUCAAGGUUGCAUGCCACUGCUAA